GCUAGCAUGAGGAUGUUAUAGACUACAAAGAUUACAAAGCACUUCUGUAAGUCACUUUGAAUAAGGGGGUAAAUGUAGGCUACUGUAUCAUUAGUGCGGGACUAAUAUAUGUGUGUGCGUGUGUGUGCGUGUGUGUGUUUGAUGAGUGUACAGUCGUGUGAGUAGUGGAGAAAGACAGGCAGAUUUCAGGUGAAGGGAGUCCUCUGGUGGACAGGAGACACAUUGCAGUGAUUUUUAUUUAUUUAUUUAUUUAUAAAAUCUAAAAAUAAAUUGAAAGCAGUGACUGUUGAUUCUACGGCAGUGUUUCACCAGCUUCUUAUUAAAUGUGUCAAAAAAAUUAAACAGAACAAACAAAAACACAAUGGUAAACACUAUUUAUUUAAAGCUGUAGAAGUGAGAAUGACAUCAACAAAGAAUUCAACCUACCUAGCAAGAAAGACAAGUUAGGGUGAUAAUUAAAUGCUGAAAAAAUAACUUGAGCACUAAACAUAAACGCAAUGUGGCUCAGCAAGUCAGAGUUUCUGUGUCAGAGGCUGGAUAUUGUGGGUUAAAAUCCCAAAACAAAAUUAGUGUGGAAGAUUCUAGACGGACUGAGAGUUCAGGAACCGAAAAGCCUGAAGGAGCCUGAAGGAGAUUUAAACAAUUUCUCCUUUUUUAAAAUACAUUGUACGGACAGCAGGUGGCGCUAAAACACAGGGCUGCUGGAUUACUUCUUCUUCCGUUAUUGCUGCUCGUUUGGAGCACGUGACUAAACACCGCCCUAGUGGAAUGUUGUGGAAUUGCAUUAAACUAACCCUCUCCAAUGAACUACAAAAUGAUUGAAUUACUGUUGACGUCUUCGUGGCGAUUUCCUCAGAACCAAAUGGUUUAGAAACAAGCUGAACAAAUUAAAAUUUUUACCAAGAUUCAGUCUCGCCCCUUAAGACUCAUGUCUCAGCUUCGUGUUUUAUCUUUCUGUAUCUUUUCUUUCAACAGAAUAAACCUAAGUGUCCACACCAUGAAUUUUAAUCCUGUAUUAUAUGAUCUAUGCCACAAAUCGUACGAUUAUUACUGUAUGUAUGAUUCCUAACAUGUACAAGGAAAACAACUGCUUCUAGACUCGAGAGAAAAUAAAUAAAUAACAUGAAACUACAAUUCCCACAAUUCUUAGGCAUUUCAAAAUGGCGCCGACCAGGUCGCAUGUAACGUCCGAGCAGAAGCGCUGGAAAUAAUCGAAUUGAAUUCACUUUUGUCGCUUUUUUAAAUCGGGAUUAAAGAAUGAUGAGGGUUGUGAUGAGAGUUCUGAGUGAGUUGUGUGUAAAAACACACAGAGUGAGCUAUAAAUGUGUGUGUUUGAGUUCACCUUCCCGCCGCCAGAGUCGUAGUGAAGGAGGAUUCAGUGAAGUAGGGAUUGAGGAUGGGUUGACUGGAGAACAUGUGGAUGGAGAACACAGCUGGAUGUGCGGUUCUUCUGCAGCAGUUCUAUCAGCAGUACGCGGUAAUGUUCAGGUUCUACAGAACUUCAUCAGUGAAGACGAGGAAGUGGCUUUUCUUAAAGAACUCGACCCAGGACUCAAGAGAAAAAGAUAUGAAUUUGAUCACUGGGAUGAUGCGAUUCACGGGUUCAGAGAGACGGAGCGGCUGCAGUGGGGUGGAGUCUGUGCCGGUGUGCUGGAGCGGCUCCGAGCAGCAGCGUUUCCUGAAGGAAGUCCGUUACUGGGUCCGGUUCACGUUCUGGAUCUGGAUAAGUCCGGGUUCAUCAAACCUCAUGUAGAUAGUGUGAAGUUUUGUGGAAGCACGAUCUCCGGUCUGAGUCUUUUGUCUGACAGCGUCAUGCGUCUGGUCCGUGAAGACAAUUCAGCAGACUGGGUGGAUCUGCUCUUAACCCGUCGUUCUCUCUAUAUAUUGAGAGAUGAAGUCCGGUUUAAAUUUACUCAUGAAAUCCUGAAGGAUAAGGAUUCCUUCUUCUUGGGACAGAGAAUUCCUCGACAUCGACGCAUCGCAGUUAUCUGCCGGAAUCUUCCACUUUAGACUUUCACCAUGUUGUAGUGAAGUCUGUGUUUAAUAACAGACUGUAAAACAUCAUGAUUGUCUGACCUUUGUAAAUUCUAAUGAACAAAUUCAUCGUGAACAUCAUUUUAGAUUAAAUUUGUGUCAUUAUAAGCGAUUUCUAUUAUUUUGGUCUUAUAUGGGUUAUUUUAAUUGAUGUAAAUUUGUCAGGUUGUGGCACAAAAACAGCUAAAUGUAUUUAGAAGAAGCCUUUAUUCAUCAGAUACCUUACUGUACAGUAAAAUUCUUUUAUUCAUACAGUAUAGCCCAGAUUGUUAGGAAGUUUGGGUCAGGGGUCAGAGUCAGCCAUAACAGUGCCCCUGGAGUAGAGGGGGUUAAGAGCCGUGUGUAAAGGUUCAACAGGGGCAGGUUGGCAGUGCUGGGGCUUGAACUCUCAACCUUCUGAUCAGUAACCCAGAGCCUUAACCACGAGUCACCACAGACAUCAAGCCACUAAAUAAAUCAAAUUUUCAAAAAAUAGUUUUUUACCGUGUCUCAACCAGAAAGUGAAAAGCAGACUUUCAUUAUGUGUGUUUGAUUUUAAAGAUACAGCAGAUCAUUCAGUGUCAGAAUCGACCAAUCAGAAUGAAUGCAUGUACUAAUAUAAAACUAUAAAGUUCUUGAUUAAAGCUAAAACAGCAGGAGACGAGUCUGAGUGUCACUGAAGAGCGGAAAAUAAACACAACAGUAAACU